AUGAUUGAUGUUUCUUUUGUUAAUAUUUAUUUUAUUUUAAAGGUAUCAGCUGAUAUUUCCGAAGAUUCAAAAGAAGUUCUUCUGGAUUGUAUUCUUGGUUUAUUGGAUUCAUCAUCUCGUGAAGUAUUGGAGUGUAUUUACACUGAUGACUUCAUUCCUUCACUUGGUCACUGUAUCUCGCUUUUGCUAAACAUUGCUGUAAAUGAAAAAGCAAAGCAUUUGGCAAUCAAGGCUGUAAAAAGCAUUAAAAAGUUUGUAUUUAUUUCAAAUACAGGCGAGGAUGGUGAUGUGUAUAAAGCACAAGAAAAACUAUUGUCAACAAAACUAGCAUCCUUUUUACCUGGCAUUUCAAUUUCUUUAAGUAAAGUAAUCACCAGUGGCAUUAACCAAGGACAAACUAUCAUAGUUGCAGCUCUUGAUGCAUGGGCUGCUCACAUACAGGUUGUCAUGAAUAACAAGUUCUUCCCAGGUGCCAAAUUGACUGAUUCAGUCAGUGAACUUACCAAAAUCAUGUCAAAACUCAUGCCACCAAUAGAACAUCACACUUUAAGCCAAAACCAAGAACCAAAGGAAGAGAAAAGCUUAGAAGUUAAGAAGGACAAGGAAUGGUAUUCCAAUACAGCUGCAAAGUUAAAAAUCUUAAUUGAGCGGAUAUCUAAUGUGGCCGGCCAUUCCAGUUGGAAAGUUCGCUUGGCAUUGCUUGAAUUUGCUGACAUACUUUUAAAAAAUUGUUCAAUGUCUUUGGAAACAUGCGUACCAUGUUUGAUUGAGAUUGUGAUUGGAAUGUCAUCUGAUGAGUAUGUUGAGGUGUCACAAAAGAGCAAAACAAUUAUUUCCGAACUGAAUGAACUUAUGUCUAAUAAUGGUAGGUACUGUAUUUAGCGGUACAGGUUUUAAAUUUAAACCUUUUCUUAUUAAAGAAUUAUUCUAACACUUCAGACAUGUUUUCGCUCGCUUGUAAUGCGAUUCUGGUCGAAUUAUAGCCUAUUAACGACCCAAUGGCAAUGUUUCCACACUCUAGUCCGAGUGUACGUAAUUGCAACGUCGUAGCCUUUUAUAUCCUCGUGGGAUGACGUAAUCGGCCAACAAGUGGAGAUAUUCCUCUGGAAUCCGAGGUGAUAUCCACCGUCAUCCUGAUUCACCAUACUCCAUAGGCAGCCCAGCGAAUAUACGUAUUCACUUAAAAAUGCAUAAAUUCUUAAAAAUGCGUAAAGUUCGUCUGACUUUGCUAUCAAACGAUUUAUUGUGUAAUUUAUUACACUGUAUUCAGUGUGUAAAUGUAUUUUGUCAAAAAGUUGUCGGCCUUUAUAAUACUAUAUGACAAUACAAUGACGUAACCAUGCAAAUACACAAUGAGCUACACAAUAAAUCGCUUGAUAGCAAAGUCAGACGAAUUUAUGCGCGUUUUUAAGCGUUUCAUGUAUUUUUAAGUGAAUACAUAUAUUAUCUUGCCACGCUUCUACGCGACGCCUCUGGCCAUAACGAUUGUCUUCUGGAAUGUCAUCGAGGUCGAGCCACGCAAUCGCUUGUUUUAUUUGACACACGUGAUUGACCAACACUGAUUUUCACUAUUUUCCUUGGAUUUUCUCUUGUGCUUUUGUUAUUGUCAUACACGGUGCACAUGCAAAUUCACGCUCUGACUAACCCAUGAGAACUGGAUCGUUUGGCUUUACGAAAUGGUGAAUUGGAACUCUGUAAUCAAUGGCAGAUUAAUACAGUCAUUUCUAUUGUCUUCGUUUGUAGAGCAGACGUCGAUUAUUGAAAUCAUCGAAGAGAAUCUUUACUCACACUUCAGUUCUCUUCCUCGGCAAAUACGAGGUACAGACGAAGAAACGAAGUUAAGGGUGCUGCGUAUCAUUGUGGGAUAUUUGCGAUUACUGGGAGACAGUAUAAAGACCACCUUCAAUGCAGGUCAUCUUCUGAAAAAAAUGUCACAAUCCUUGAUUCAGGUAGUCUUAAUAAUGUACUUCAAACACUCAUUAAUAAUUCAUAAGCUUAUUGGCAAAUCAUGUCAACCAUAAUAUGUCACGUGCAGUAGCUUUAAACCUGAUAAAACACUCCUAAUUAGUAUUCUUUAUAUAAAGAAUACUAAUAAGGCAGUAUCUAUUGUAGUCGUGUCCUCAUUAGUAUUUUUUAUAUAAAGAAUACUAAUAAGGCAGUAUAUCUAUUGAAUUUGUAGUCGUGUUUGAAGCUCGCAGGUCGUGUUUUAUUAGGUCGUGUUUUAUUAGGUCGUAAGGCACUCGCGCUGCGCGCUCGUGGCUUUAAACCUAAUAAAACACUCCUGCUCGUUUAUUAAACAGUACAUUAAUAACCUACAUAGGAAAAAAAUGCUGUGUUAAAAAACUAAACGGAGUCCUGAAAUUAUAAAUGAAAGUUGCCAUUUGACUACUGUGUGCUUCCCUUAAUGCGUACUGAUAUCCAUGUACUCUUGUAAUCCUGAUCUAUAAUCUUACUCGCAAAUGACUGUAUGAUAACAUUGUAUUAAUAAUAAUAAUGUCAGCCUGCAUGACAAAUACAAGAGUACUGCACCAUUCAUAAGAUCUCCGGUUUCCAAUUGGGAAUUACGCUGUUGAACCUUUGUAAUAAAGCGGUCCAGAAUUUAUCCAUCGUUUUGCACCAGUAUCUUAAUGCCGGUGUUUUGAUCUAAUGGAAACAAUUAUGUUGAUGGUACUCGUAAGUCUGGUAAAUAUAAGCAGAGGAUUAUAAUCUUCGACCAAGGGCGGAAGACCCUGUGUCAGGAGUUUUAUUGGACAAAUUAAGGCCGAUCUACAUGAUAAACUAGUCGCAUACGAUUUCAUUUCACAAACCUCCAUAAGAUAUAAUAGCGUAUUCUCCCCGGCUUCCGGUUAAUUCAAGCCCUUCAAAAUCAUAACGAGACCCCCAAAAGACUCGUUCCCAUGCUUCCCCUUCCUUCUCCAAAAUGGCUUCUCGUUAGCUCGCGGCACGUCUCUCGUUUCAGAGUGUUUUUCAAUUGCAAUCCUUAACAAAGCAGAGCCAUCCUGACUUAAAAGUUACAGAAACGAUGGCAGAGGACGGGGAAGUUUCCCCUGCGUUGUCCUUGAACGUUGUAGACGCCGUAGCGACGGUUGAAGACAACGAGUUGACACCUUCGCCCACUGGGUUGAAAGGUAAACAACGUGCUACAAAACGGAGGCAUUCUGAGACCUCUAGUAGUUCUAAAAGCUCUAGUAGCUCUUCGUCAUCGAGUUCUAGCGAUAACAGCGACUCAGACGAAUCUGCUAGCAGCAAAGAUGGUGACUAUAAACGUCCCAAGAAGCGUAAAUCUUCACCAGAGCGAAAGGCAACGCCAAAGACACAAGCAACGCGAAGGGACACUUCACCGGACCCCGGGUCUGACGUUGAUGUUUACGUGCGCUUUGACACGGAUAACACAACUUGUGAAAAAUUGGUUUUACCAAAAGACAUGGUGAAGUACUUAGCAAAUAAAUUUACAUCCUAUGUUCCAGACAAGGAUAUUCAGGAAACAGUACUUGAUGCAAACCCUGUGCCGAAUAUUCAAUGCCUUCAAACCCCAAAGAUUGAUGAUUAUCUUGGGGAAAUAUUUGAAACUAUGGGCAAAUCUUACGGCAAAGAGUCGGAUAAUAGCCUUGUGAAAGUGCAAUCUCGGGUUUCUAAUGUUAUGGGACCCCUCGGCAAGCUGUGGCUUGCACUGGAGGAGGUCAGAACUCGUAAAUCCGAUACACAACUUGACCUGUAUGCAUGCGUAAAACUGGUUGAGCAGUCUAUUACAUUGCUUGGACAAGCCAAUGUAAAUUUGUUAUAUACACGACGAUUGGGAGUUCUUUCUCGCCUAACAGGGGAAAUGAAAAAGGCUAAAAGCUUGCUUAAGAAGCAUCAGACGUCAUUAGUAAAGCCUCAUAAAACCUUGUUUGGCAAAAAGUUCUACAAGGCUCUCCACAAGGCCACACAAUUGAGAAAGUCUUCAAAAGAGAUUUCUCACCAUAUUACUGGCCCCCCUCACCAGAAAAUUCAAAAGAAUGGUGCCAAUAGAAAUGUUGUCAUGAAAUACCAACCCUUUCGCCAAGGGCCCUCAUUUCAGAGCCGAGGUGGGGGCCGACCUACUCAGUUCCGGGGCAGAGGAAGUGGCUACAGAGGCAGUGGUUACAGAGGAGACAAAGGAUACCCUUUUAAAGGCAAGUCCUUGCUCAUUACAUUUGAGGUCAAGCGGAGAUCACCCGAAUCACACCUAUCGCCUCUCAGAUCAGGUUCUGGGCAUUCCACAACAGACUGUUCAGCUGAACAUCCAUCCUGCCUUGAAAAAUCUAGGGCUAGAUACAUCAAUUUCACACUUGCCUCUACCCCUUGCAGGGAGACUCCAGUAUUUCCAGAAAAAUUGGGAAUGUCUAACUGGGGAUCAGUUUAUUCUGCAGAUAGUCUCGGGGGUCAAAAUACCAUUUCUGCAAUCCCCUGUUCAAAACAGACCUCCAGUUCCCCACACUCAUACCCAGUUAGAAAAGGAAAAAAUCACGCAGGAAGUUGUGGGCAUGCUGCAGAAGGGAGCGAUUCAGGUGGUCUCUCCACGCAAAGAGGACUUUCUCAGUCCAGUAUUUUUAGUGCCGAAGAAGGAUGGGGGGAGCAGGCCUGUGAUCAAUUUGAAAGAGUUGAAUUCACACAUCGCAUACCAGCACUUCAAAAUGGAGGGUCUGCACCUCCUCAAACAACUUGUUCAGAACAAGGAUUACAUGAUCAAAAUCGAUCUCAAGGAUGCUUAUUUUUCAGUACCCAUGAGCAAACAACAUCGACGUUUCCUAAUGUUCACCUGGGGGGAAGAACUGUAUCAAUUCACUUGCCUUCCCUUUGGGUUAGCACCAGCUCCUCUAUUGUUCACAAAGCUGUUGAAGCCAGUAGUGUCGCUUUUGCGUCGCCUGGGUUUGAGGAUGAUAAUUUAUCUAGACGACAUAAUUGUUUUGAACCAAACUCAGGACGGCAUAUUAAGGGACAGGGACUCAGUCCUGUGGCUUCUGCAGAACUUGGGUUUUGUGAUCAACUGGGAAAAGUUGGUGCUACAACCCUCCCAUACCAUGGAGUAUCUAGGAUUUGUGAUAAAUUCUCUAGAGAUGAAGCUGUCAUUACCAGAAACCAAAAUGAAUCAUCUUGUGCAAUCUUGCCGAGAUCUGAUUCAACAACAGGUGUCCUCGGUCAGAACAAUAGCAAAGGUGAUAGGGAUGCUGACAUCCUCCAUGCAGGCAGUUUUCCCAGCACCCUUGCACUAUCGACACCUGCAACGGUUACAAAUCAAAGUCUGUUGACGGGAAAAUCCUACGAGACGAUGGUCUCACUCGAUCAGAACUGUCGCAACGACCUUCAAUGGUGGAUCGAUCAGAUCUCCAUCUGGAAUGGUCGAGCAAUAAUUGCUCCUGCCCCAGAUCUGGUGAUAACAACAGAUGCAUCAAUGAGGGGCUGGGGCGCAGUUUGUCAAGGGGUUCAUACAAGGGGAUUGUGGACUCCUCAGGAGGCCACCUCCCUUCAUAUCAAUGCCCUAGAACUAAAUGCCCUUUUUUGCAGUGAGGGCCUUCACUGCAAAGAAAACCCAGUUACAUGUUCAUUUAAGAAUGGACAACAAAACAGCUAUUACCUAUAUACUCAAAAUGGGGGGUACACGGUCUCCAAUCCUACUGCGCAUUGCCCAAGAAUUGUGGGAUUAUGCCCUACAAAAUCAAAUUUCCCUAACAGCAGAGUAUUUACCGGGGGAAUCCAAUCACGAAGCCGAUUGGGAAUCUCGACAUUAUCAGGAUUCGAGCGACUGGAAAUUGAAUCCCCAUGUGUUCCAAACACUGAACACCCAGUGGGGACCCUUAGAAAUAGAUCUGUUUGCCAACCGACUCAACACCCAACUGAAGAGUUUUGUGAGCUGGUUCUCAGACCCAUUUGCCACAGCAACAGAUGCUUUUCAGAUCCCUUGGUCGGAUCUGAAGGGGUAUUGCUUUCCACCCUUCUCUCUGAUUUGCCGUUGCUUGGCAAAGGUCAGGAAGGACAUGGCAACUAUAGUAUUGUGACGUAUAGGUCACAUGAUCUAGUCACGGGACAGUGAACACAUGUACUGUGGUAUCGAGCAAGGAAAGCGAGGACGGAUCUAGGACAUUCACAUUAAUCAUUUAAAUAUAUUAUUUUAUUACAAACCGACUUUAUUAUAUUUGGCGACGAGGAUUAUUUUCAAGAAAUAUGGCAACGAAACUUACGCAUUUAGCACCACCGCCUGCUUUUGAUGCCGAAAGUGACAAGUCGUCCUUAGCUCAACGAUGGAAAGACUGGCGUGAAAGAUUUGACAUGUACUUGCUUGCAGCAAAUAUAACGGAUGCCAAACAAAAGCGUGCUCUCCUACUCUACGUUGCUGGUCCCGCAGUUCAUAAGAUUUUCAACACGUUAACCGAUACUGGUACAGAUUAUAAAACAGCUGUGGAGAAACUCGAUAGUUAUUUUUGA